AAAGUCCUGUAAAGAUUCCUGAAAGCGAUAGGUUAUAGGUGUAGAGUUUGUGUAAUGUGAUAGAAAUACAGUUUGUACAGAAUAAAAACCAUUAGAGACUUCUUAUAAACCAAAAACCAACGUGUGUGUAGAGAACAUUUUACAAUAAGGUAAUAUCUACAUUUAAUGUGUUAACUAAUAAUGAGCAAUACAUUAUUACAGUGUUUAUUGUUUAUAAUGUUAAUUAAUAAAAACAGCCGUUCAUUGUUAGACCAUACUAACUCAGGUCAAUUAAAUAACAGUAAUAAAUUCAACUUUUAAUAUUAAUAUAUACAACUUUUAAUAUUAAUAUGAGACCACAAUUAAGAUUUUCCCUAUUUAUAAGUAUUUUUCAUCAUAUUUUACUUGUAUGAUAUUCAUAUUUUGUAGUAAUUUUGUUCAUUUAUGCUUUGCACGUUUGGGUUAAUUGUUAUAUAGUUUAACUUAUUUUUUCGUUUCUGUUUUAGUUUUAAUAAUUCAGUUAUAUACACAAUGACUUGAACAUCAUUUAAACUGAUGAAGUAAAAAUGUUGACACUGCCGCAGUGUCCUCUGAGGCGGGGCACAACAAAAUUAAUACUUUUAAGGUAUGUGAGGGAAAAAUAUCAACGUACCGUAACGAGAGACAUGAGACCCAAUUGUACCCCAUCUGUGAAAACAACCAGAAGUCUUGAGUCCUUAUCAGGCCCUCAGGUUUUUUAUAAGCCACCUGACUGACCCUUCCCUGACAAAACAUGUGCGUCACGAUGUAAAUGACUUACACAGAACUAAGAAGUGAACUUUGAGACAGAAAACAGUCUAAUACGCAGCUAAACAAACAGUUAAGCGGAUGUGUGUGACAAAUUAAGGAGGAGGACUGAGGAAUGCUCUGAAACAUUUGAAGAAUGGCAGUGAGCACUGCAUAUGUCGGUUCAGAGGGGGAUGCUCUGAUGGGACUCGUGCUGCUGGGUCGAAGGCGAGCUGGUAAGAGCUCUCUGGGAGACGUCCUCCUCGGACGCAGCGAGUUUGAGCCCGGGAAGAAGACGACGCGGUGUGUGAGGAGAUUCGGCUGGGUGGAGGGCUCGAGGCUGGCUGUACUGGACACCCCGGGAUGGAGUCUCUUCGGUUUGGCCGACGCCGGGUCGGUGAAGCGGGAGAUCCUGCGCAGCGUGAUGCUGGCUCCUCCCGGGUGCCUCGUGUUUCUCCUCGUUAUCCCCGUGGACUCUUUCAGCAAGCGGGACGGCCGCGCUGUGGAGAAGUAUCUGGGUGUCCUCGGGGGCAUGGUGUGGACGCGCACGCUGGUGCUCUUCACGUGGGGCGACGAGUUAAAAGGCGGCGCUAUUGAAAAGCACAUUCAAAAGGAGGGAGAGCCUCUGCGGGAGAUCCUGAGGAAAUGUGGACACCGGUACCAUGUUGUGAACAAUAAAUGCCUGGAAGACUUUAAUCAGGUCACUGAGCUGCUUAACAUUUUGAAGCAAAUGUGUGCCAGGACUGGUUGAACGUAGACUGUAACGUGUUUUAGGCCUUUGAAAUGUAAUACUGUUUUUUUUAGCUUUUCAUUAAUGUUUCCAUUUUAUAUAGAUAGACAAUGCCUAAUGCUAAAAAGAUGUUUACUGCGACAUUUAGAGGAAUGUGAUCAGUUUUUUUUUAUCUUGUGAAGGCCAAUAUUGCAGUCUUUUUUACAUUUUAAAUAAUUUCACAAUCAUUUUGAUGGUUCACUGACUUGUAAUGAAGUGAGUUGAUUCUGGUUGUGGGAGUAAGUGUCAGCUUUCAUUCAAUUUAGUUGGUUUUGUGUGUCCAUGUUCCCCUAAAGUGCUGGUGUUGAUGAGGCAGUUGUUUGUAAUUAGGAUUUGCGUUCAACUCAAAGCUCAGUUUUAGUGUUAAGUGUCAAAAAUAAAGUUUUUUUCAAAAUUAAAA